AUGGUGUCGGGAUCGGGAAUCUGUGCGAAACGAGUGGUGGUCGACGCGCGCCACCACAUGCUCGGCCGGCUGGCUUCCAUCAUAGCCAAGGAGCUGCUCAAUGGCCAGAAGGUUGUCGUUGUCCGGUGCGAGGAGAUCUGUCUCUCCGGCGGCCUCGUCCGUCAGAAGAUGAAGUACCUCCGUUUCCUCCGCAAGCGCAUGAACACCAAGCCUUCUCAUGGACCCAUCCAUUUCCGCGCCCCUUCUAAGAUCCUCUGGCGCACCAUCCGAGGGAUGAUUCCUCACAAGACCAAGAGAGGAGCUGCCGCGCUGGCCAGGUUGAAGGUGUUUGAAGGUGUUCCUCCUCCUUAUGACAAGAUCAAGAGAAUGGUCAUCCCUGAUGCUCUUAAGGUUUUGAGGCUUCAGGCUGGCCACAAGUACUGCCUGUUGGGUCGUCUAUCAUCUGAGGUUGGAUGGAACCACGCUGAGACCAUCAGGGAACUGGAAGAGAAGAGAAAGGAGAGGGCCCAGCAAACAUAUUUGAGGAGGAAGCAGAUCACGAAGCUGAGAAUCAAGGCCGAGAAGGAGGCUGAAAAGAAGCUCGGUUCGCAAUUAGACAUUAUCUCAGCUGUCAAGUACUAA